AUGAAGAUGCUGAUGUGUGACCGCGGCGUCCAGAUGCUCGUGACGACGGUGGGCGCGUUCGCCGCCUUCAGCCUCAUGACCAUCGCCGUCGGUACCGACUACUGGCUGUACUCGCGCGGGGUCUGUCGCGUGAAGAGCAGCGGCGACAACGACACGAGCCGCAAGAACGAGGAGGUGAUGACGCACUCCGGCCUGUGGCGAACCUGCUGUCUGGAAGGAACAUUCAGAGGAGUGUGUAAGAAGAUUGAUCACUUCCCAGAAGAUGCUGACUAUGAAGCAGAUGCUGCUGAAUACCUCCUACGUGCUGUGCGUGCCUCCAGUAUCUUCCCCAUCAUGAGUGUGGGUCUGCUGUUCCUGGGGGGGCUCUGUGUGGCCGCCAGUGAGUUUUACCGGAGCCGACACAACGUCAUCCUCAGUGCUGGAAUCUUCUUCGUCUCCGCAGGCCUCAGUAACAUCAUUGGAAUUAUUGUCUACAUCUCCGCUAACUCGGGCGACCCGGGUCAGAGCGACAGCAAGAAGUCCUACUCCUAUGGCUGGUCUUUCUACUUUGGCGCCCUCUCCUUCAUCAUGGCAGAAAUGGUGGGCGUGCUGGCCGUGCACAUGUUCAUCGAGAAGCACCGCAAGCUACGGGCCAAGUCCCGCACCGAGCUCAUCAAGAAGUCCGCCUUCAGCCGCAUCCCCUCCUACCGCUACCGCUUCCGGCGCCGCUCCAGCGUGCGUUCGUCCGAGGCCCCCAGCCGCGAUGCCUCACCCCUGGGGAAAGGUGGCUACACGGGGCCCGCCGCCUCUGAGAUGCCCAUGUACACGCUGAACCCACGCGAGGCAGGCAACGCCGGCACCAAACCUGGCGGCGGCAUGGGCGGGCUGCUCAACUCGGAGAGGGAGUUCCUCCAGAGCAGCACGCUCACUAAAGACUACAACAAGGACCCCAACCGCAGGACCACGCCCGUCUGAGAGGUGCUGGCUGCAGAUAUCAACCAAUCAGAGUAUCAAAGUGGAGGAUGAGGGAAAAUACACGGGGGGCGCUAGCAAAAGCAGGGGCCACGCAGGGUUACGGGGUGGGAAGGGGGUUUGAUAAACUUCGACUGUGAACUGUGAACUUUUAGCCUUUGAACUGUGAAUCCUGAGCCCUGUGAGAGAUUCAGUGUGUGUAGCGGGGAGUUUCGAAAGGAGAAGUUGUUCCCAACUCCACUUUACCACAUAUCACUGUAGUUGUUCCUGUGACUCCUUACACGUGAAGGCACAUUCAAUUUAUGCUCAUGACCUUUUGUGUUCAUGAAUUGGCUUUUAAAGGGGGAAACAGGAUUGAACUUGACAAAAUGUUUUUUGAAAGCAUAUCGUAAGUGGUUUACAGUCCCGGGGCAACUUCUCCUACAAAUGAAAAUAAUGUGAAGUAAUGGAGAAGAGGGAAGAGGUGAGAGACCCUGUGUGAUCUUUGACCCUCUGACCUCUGACCUCCGGACCCUUUGGAUGGCAGCAGAGCCGGAUCAGUGCAGGGAACAGGCCUUAAGGCACUGAGCUGUCUCUCCCAUUAAGAUGCUAUUUAAAAGUGAAACACCUCAGGAAAGGGAUUGGUUCAUUUUCAGUUCAGCUGGAUUUGAAAGAAAAAUUGAAGAUGCAGUUUGUCCAUUUUACGGCAGCACAUUUGUGGCACUAGUUAUUAUUUCUACUCAUAUUGUAUAUAUACUCCUUUCAUAUUGAUUUUGAUUUAAUCAUGGAGACGCUCACUUCGUAACUGAACUGAAACUGAAUUAAGCUCCUUCCUGGUAACAUUUGCCCCCAUCGCUCUGAUCCCAGGUCAGUAGUCAAACCUACAUACCGAUUUUUUUCUUUUUGAGUACAUACUGACUGCAGAUUAGCUGUCAGCGGGGGAAAAGGUGUAACUCAACAGAAUUAAUGAAUCUCUUUUAGAUGGUAAUGUUAGAUCAUUGGUGCUUCCUUUUACUCCUGUUUUUUCGGGCACACAAGUCUUCUCUUGAUUUAUUUAUUUUUUCACCUGAAGCUUAAAGAGAUGAUCAAAUACGUGUCCGUCUGUCUGUCUGCCUUCACUUAUCACCUUUCACCCUCCACAUUUUUCUGUGUAGCCCCAUAACUCACCUCACUGCCACCCUCCGCGCACCUCCGCACCUCCUCUCACCCUUUUCCGUCCUCUGAGGGACACACGCCACUAGAUUUAGCCCCCGUCUUCCGUCUGUGUCGCUCGUAGACUAGUUUUCCUGAGGUUGUUGGUUCAGGGUGCUGUGGAGGGGAGACCGCUGAGCUGUGAAUAUGCUUUAAGGCAGAGCCAAAAAAGAGAAAACAUUUAACAGACAAAGAGUUUUUUUGUUUUUUUUUAUUGCUUGCCCACUACCUCUUAGUGAAUAUCGAUCAGAUUCAUUUAAUAUAAAGUUGUCGGAAAACUAUUGUUAAAGAAAUUUCAGCUGCAGAAAUAAACACUGAGAAAAAAUCUAAAAGUGCACAUCUCUCUUCUCCGGUGGAGGAUUGUUUGUGGCAAACAACAUAAAGAAAGAUGGAGCUGCAUUAUGAGGGUGAUGUGUAGCUCAUUCAUUCAGCUGUCACUCACAGCCUCUCCUCCUCUUUAUCUCCCUCAUAGGUUCACACACACACACACACACAUACACACACCUUAACAUGUCUUUCACGGGUCUCUUAGCGAUGACAUGCACAAGCUGUCAUGGCUCUGUCAAAUUUCAAAACUACUGUACCAGAUUCUAGAGAGACAUCAAUGCAUCUCCAUUUAUAACAUACACACAUAAACAUACUCCAUGGAUGGAAUUUUAAAAAAGCAACAUACUACUACAGACUAAAAGCAUUUUAGCAUUUAUGAGAUUUUUUAAAAAACUAUAGAUCAGAAACAUGAGAUUCUCGUGAUUUACAGUGAGACAAGUGUUUCUGUGCGGACUCUACUGCCCGUGUGAUCAGAGUCCUGCAGAGCAGAGCAGAAAAUGAAGCAAGGAGCUGGUUUCUGAUUUUGCUGCGCAACAAAAGGCUUGACUCCAUACGCUUAUCUAAUGAAUUCGACAAAGUGAGAGAUAAGAGGAGAGACGAGAGGCGCGCACAAAACCUCCAGUUUAUGCAGUGGUGUAUUUAAAAACUGAAAUGUGUUAGUU